UGUCGGGUCCUUGUCGUAUCUGUCUUGCUGCUUGUCCAUGUCUCAAGGUUUUUUUUCCCUCCAGUUGCUACCAGAAUCGAACCUUUGCCUUCCGCUCAUCUGUGCUGCCUGGUAUUUGGGAUUUUGUUUAUUUCAUCAUUAAAUCUUUAUUUCCUUCACUUCAAGCUGGGUCCACCGGGUCUGCCUCACCACCUCACGCCACACUUCAUGACAAAUGUUAGUGAUUAUUUAAAAAAAAAAAACAACGCGUGUACUGUACGUGUGGAAAGCUUGUUUACACAUUUUUUUGUGUAUAAUUUCACUAAUUGCGAUUUAUUUUGACUGCUGAUGGUUUACAUUUGCUCUACAAAUAUUUACACUGGCCAAUUUUUUAAAUACACAUGGCAUCAUUAUCUUCACCUUCGUCAUCAUCCUCAUCACCAUCCAGCCGCCGUCCUCGCAGAACGGUUCUUAUGAGCUCAUCUCUGACACACGUGUUGCACAGUGGGAGGGAUUUUUGAAUCGAUCCGAAACAGACUGGGAGGAGCGCCGCAGCACAAACUUAAAGAGGAGGAGGGAAAAAAAAAAGAAGAAGCUUUGAACCGACCAGUCGUGUUUCUGUGCCCGGAAAGUCAGCGCGGAUCAGACGGCAGAGCUGCGCUUAAAACUCAAACUCUAGAUCUUAAGUAUUUGCUGUCAUUUUUCUCGGAGUAAAAAAAAAAAAAAAAAAUGAAAAAAAAAAGACUGAAUAGCCAGAGCGGCAAAAUGAAAAAGUUAGAGAAAUGAAAAAGUUGAAACUUCUUCAUAGAUUUAUUAUUAUUACUAUUGCACUGCUGCUUCAGUGAGAGACACUGCAUGCAGUGAGGGGCGGUGAGGCUGUCAACACAAGGCAGCAUCGCUGUUUUGCCGUGACAAAUGACUGUCUCCAGAAAACAGGGUUUACACUCGUCCGGAAAUUCGGAUUAUUGUCAGUAAACCCCCCUCAUGCUGGAAGACCCUCCUCUGACAAACAUGAACAGCAGCUCAAAGUGCCACGGCCAGCACUCGAUCGCUGGCCAAGGCAACAAACCAAUAACCAUCACUUUCUUUUCGCUCGGAGUGGUGGGCAACCUGCUGGCCCUCUUCAUCCUCUUAGUGCAUCAGAAGGAGAACCGCUCCCGGUCCUCGGUCUUCUGCAUCCUGGUGACCGGCCUGGUCCUCACUGACCUGCUGGGAACCUGCCUCCUCAGCCCACCCGUGUUCAUCUGCUACGCCCACAACAUGUCCUUGAUCGGCCUCGGCGGGGAGAAACUGUGCAACCUGUUCGGCUUUGUGAUGAACUUCUUCGGCCUGGCGUCCACCCUCAUCCUGUGCGCCAUGGCCCUGGAGCGCUGCAUGGCCAUCAGCCACCCGUAUUUUUACUCGGUGCACAUCCGCGCCACUUUUGCCAAAGUCGCCCUCUUCUUCAUUUACCUCUUCUCUUUGACUUUCUGCCUUUUGCCGUUCAUCGGGUACGGUAAAUUCAGGCAGUACUGCCCAGGGACGUGGUGCUUCAUGGACAUGGGGGACGCCCCUGGCACCUGGGAAGAGCGUGGGGAAUUGAUCCUGGCCUUCUCUCUGUCCUACUCCUCGUUCAAUGCGCUGCUGAUCUUCAUCGUGUUCGUCUGCAACGGCUCCGUGAUCGUCAGCCUGUGCAAGAUGCACCGCAGCCACUUGAUGCGCCGCGGCUCCGUGGUGUCAGUGGCCCGGAAGAAGAAGCUGAGCUUGGCCUGGUUCGGACGCGGGGAGGAGGAGUUGGACCACGUGGUGCUGUUGGCGCUUAUCACGGUCAUCUUUGUGGUGUGCUCCCUGCCUCUAACCAUUGCCGGCUUUAUGAAUGCCGUUAAGCCGUUCUCUGGAGACAGCGAAAACUUCAGAGCGUUCCGCUUUUACUCUUUAAACGCCAUCAUGGAUCCGUGGGUCUUCAUCAUUUUCCGCAAGUCGGUGUUUCGUCACCUCUGCUCCCUGCUGUCCUGCCGGUUCGGCAAAGGCGACAUGAAGUCGACGGAUCACUGCGCCUUGUCUUUCCCACUCGACCACUCCAUACACCGCAACCCGUGAACACAGGAGCUGCACUUACUGACAAAACUGACUCUCUACCACAACCCAGAGCAAACUCGUCAGCAGGGAAGGAUGAAGUAGUCCAGGCGGAGAGACUGUCUGGUCCGAAGGACGGUUUAACAGACCUCUGGAGUGAGAGGGAUCUUGAAUGUACAGCUUGUAUUCAGAGACAGAUGAUUCUCUGAUUGUGUCUGUCACCGUCAUUCCACCUCAACACCGCAAAAGGAGCCGUGCCAUAAACCGAAGCCCAACUGCUUCGAUCAGAGUGACCAAAUAUGCACUCUGAUAAACUGUUGUGGAUAUUUAACAUGCAUUACUGUAUGCUAUCGCUUUCCUCACAACUAUUUUCUGAACACACACACACACACAGUGAAACUUUUGACCUCUACUGUUCACUUGAAGCAUUUGACGUCAUACUGCAGCCAUCGUCAGGGACAGGUGACUUCAGAUAAGCAUGUCUUAUUAAAAUGAGUUGUGUGUAGAAACUGGUGGGGACUUAUACAGUACGAUUGAGAACAUGUGCAACAAACUCGAGUGCAGAGAAGUCCUAAUACAAAACCACAGCCCGAAGUUGCUUUUGUUCGCCUGCUUUACUUCAUAUCAAAUUCUGCUCAAUUCGGUUUGUUUUCGAGGCUCCAUCUCACUACACAUCAACUCGUAUCCAGAAAUAUACGAUGAAAUGAAUCCAGCCAUUUAGGUAGAUUCAAAUUAUGUUAAAUACAUACUAGUAUCACCCUAGUUAUGAUGGAGAGCAGCCACAUUCAGUUUGUAAAACAUUUUCUGUCUAAAGGAAUCACAACGGGCAGUUUAGAGCAAAACUACUUUAUUUCAUAUAUGCUUCUUGUUCAAUAUUGAUAUCAGUGUAGGCUGUGGUAACAAUAUGGAGUCAAGUGUUCAUUUUAUUUUUCUGGAGGUUCAGGUGGGACUUGUGCUGUUUACAGAUACGUGAUCAGUAGAUUUACUUCUUCCAAGUUUUGAUCAUGACAGAGGUGACCAAACACCGACUCGCUGAUCUAAAUGUUUAUUGAAUGUCUCUGCUCCAUGUAUCGUAAAAGUUCUAUAAAAUCCUGUGUAAUCAUCGUUGUGUUCAUCUCAAAAGGUGUGUUCAUUGGGCUUCCUUCAGUGUCAUUAUUUGUGCUUGUGAAAGAAAUCUUUAUCGUUUCAAAACUUCAAUUGUUUUUAAAUGACUGACUAACAAUGGCUAAAAUAGUUAUUUAAUGUAAAAAAAAUGUGGGUUUUUUUCCCAUUAGAAUUUCUGUAAAUUAUUCAACUUUGUCAUUUUGAUGGAUAUAUGACCUGGGUGACAUCGGAAGAUGCUCUUCCAUUCUAAUUUGCUGUCAGAUUUUCAGGAAACCAAGCUGGUCCAGUUGUGCCCAGUCAUAUUCAUGGCAAUAUAAGUUAAUCAAAUAUGGUCAUGUUCAAGUUCAAUAACAUGCUAAGCAAACAAUUAUCAAACAAUGUCAGUAAAUCAAGCUCUGACUCCUACUAAAACAUUGUCCAUCUCAGGAAACACAGUACACUCUACAUGUGUCCCCUCUUAGACACCGGCCCCUAACCAAUCCUGUCCUGUUUUUAGUCAUGUUAGUAUUUUCACUUCCUGUUUUAAUGUUUUGUAAUAGCAGGUGUUGACAAGUUGACGCCUGGUAGCCAUUUCCUGACAAUGACCAGUACACUUUUGCCUCACUUCAUCUGGCCUUUUCGAUUUUACAGAGUUUCUACAGUAAAACUGUAGCCUCUCAGGCUAAAUUAGUCAAAUGUGCACAUCCUCUUAAAGAUAAGUCUGCAAGCUUGUAGAAUUUCUCUUGUGAAUGUUAUGAGGUGUAAAGCCUUAUGCCUAAUUUUAGACUGGAUUUUGAAAAACAAAGUCCUGAAUGCCAAACUGACAAGUUUUCUUAAAGUAUUGGUUAAUUCUUUUU